AGAGAGAGAGAGAGGGUUAGCGCAUCCUUCGUCUCUCCCGCUAGUCUCUCCCAGGGGCAGAGACAGGGGCAGCAGCCACCCCUAUCAACUCCACCAUCUUUUGCAUGUGUAACAUUUGCAGCCGGACGGGCAGCCUCUCCCAGGGCUAUGGAGACUGCGGGAAAAAUCCCGGCUCUCAGGAUGGGUUGCUGAAAAAAAAAUCCAACCUCCCCAAGCCCCCCCAAAUCCGCACAUCCCCACCUCUUCUCCCUCCCUUGGGUGUGAGCUCUUUUCAUUUUUUUUUUUUUUUUUUUGGUGGUUUGGUUUGGUUUUUAGCGCCAUCGUCCUCGAUGCCUCUCUGAGCAGCAUCUGAGCAGAGAGGGACCGACAGAGAGAGAGAGAGAGAGAGCCAGAGAGAGAGAGAGCACCCGCCGGAGAGAGGAAAAAAGAAGAUGAGGAUUAUUUGCAGACAGAUUGUCUUGUUGUUUUCUGGAUUUUGGGGGCUGGCAAUGGGGGCUUUUCCGAGCAGCGUUCAAAUAGGUGGUCUCUUCAUCAGGAACACAGAUCAGGAAUAUACUGCUUUUCGAUUAGCAAUUUUUCUUCAUAACACCAGCCCCAAUGCUUCGGAAGCACCUUUUAAUUUGGUUCCUCAUGUGGACAACAUUGAGACAGCCAACAGCUUCGCUGUAACAAAUGCCUUCUGCUCCCAGUAUUCUAGAGGAGUUUUUGCCAUUUUUGGAUUAUACGAUAAGAGGUCUGUCCACACGCUGACCUCGUUUUGCAGCGCCUUGCACAUCUCCCUCAUCACACCGAGUUUCCCCACCGAGGGGGAGAGUCAGUUCGUGCUGCAGUUGAGACCUUCUCUCCGGGGAGCACUCCUGAGUCUGUUGGAUCACUACGAAUGGAACCGCUUCGUCUUUCUGUACGACACGGACAGGGGAUACUCGAUACUUCAAGCAAUCAUGGAAAAAGCGGGACAAAACGGUUGGCAGGUCAGUGCCAUUUGCGUGGAAAACUUUAACGACGCCAGCUACAGGCGACUUCUCGAGGAUCUGGACCGAAGACAAGAAAAGAAAUUUGUGAUAGACUGUGAAAUAGAGAGACUUCAGAAUAUUUUAGAGCAGAUUGUGAGUGUUGGAAAGCAUGUUAAAGGCUACCAUUACAUCAUUGCAAACCUGGGAUUCAAGGAUAUUUCUCUGGAGAGGUUUAUGCAUGGAGGAGCCAACGUAACGGGAUUUCAGUUAGUAGAUUUCAGUACUCCUAUGGUAACCAAACUCAUGCAGCGCUGGAAAAAACUGGACCAGAGAGAGUAUCCUGGAUCUGAAACUCCUCCAAAGUACACAUCGGCUCUGACUUACGAUGGGGUUCUUGUGAUGGCAGAAACUUUUCGCAACCUUAGACGACAGAAAAUUGACAUUUCAAGACGAGGGAAUGCAGGAGAUUGCCUCGCAAAUCCUGCUGCCCCUUGGGGGCAAGGGAUUGAUAUGGAGAGGACCCUCAAACAGGUUCGAAUUCAAGGAUUGACUGGCAAUGUUCAGUUUGACCACUACGGACGUAGAGUCAACUACACAAUGGAUGUAUUUGAGCUGAAGAACACGGGCCCUAGAAAGGUUGGUUACUGGAAUGAUAUGGAUAAGCUUGUCUUGAUUCAAGAUGUACCCACACUCGGCAAUGAUACCGCGGCCAUCGAGAACCGAACAGUUGUUGUAACCACAAUUAUGGAAUCUCCAUAUGUUAUGUUCAAGAAAAACCAUGAAAUGUUUGAGGGGAAUGACAAGUAUGAAGGCUACUGUGUAGAUCUUGCAUCUGAAAUUGCAAAACAUAUUGGUAUCAAAUACAAAAUUGCCAUUGUUCCCGAUGGAAAAUACGGAGCAAGGGAUGCAGAGACAAAGAUCUGGAAUGGGAUGGUGGGAGAACUAGUUUAUGGGAAAGCAGAGAUCGCCAUCGCCCCUCUGACAAUCACUUUGGUCCGUGAAGAGGUCAUUGACUUUUCCAAACCUUUUAUGAGUUUGGGUAUAUCCAUUAUGAUCAAAAAACCCCAGAAAUCUAAACCAGGUGUCUUCUCCUUCCUGGAUCCUUUGGCCUACGAGAUCUGGAUGUGCAUAGUUUUUGCCUAUAUUGGGGUCAGCGUGGUGCUGUUUCUGGUUAGCCGCUUUAGCCCUUAUGAGUGGCACACAGAAGAACCAGAGGAUGGAAAGGAAGGACUAAGUGACCAGCCUCCUAAUGAGUUCGGCAUUUUUAACAGCCUCUGGUUUUCCCUGGGUGCCUUCAUGCAGCAAGGAUGUGAUAUUUCGCCAAGAUCCCUCUCAGGUCGCAUUGUUGGAGGUGUAUGGUGGUUCUUUACGCUCAUCAUCAUCUCAUCGUACACUGCUAACCUCGCUGCUUUCUUGACUGUUGAGAGAAUGGUCUCCCCAAUAGAAAGCGCUGAAGAUCUGGCCAAACAAACUGAAAUUGCGUACGGAACCCUGGACUCAGGAUCAACAAAAGAAUUCUUCAGAAGAUCCAAAAUAGCAGUGUACGAAAAGAUGUGGACCUACAUGAAAUCCGCAGAGCCAUCCGUGUUCACGAGGACUACAGCCGAGGGAGUAGCUCGGGUCCGCAAAUCCAAGGGCAAAUUUGCCUUCCUCCUGGAGUCUACUAUGAAUGAAUACAUUGAGCAGCGAAAGCCGUGUGACACCAUGAAAGUGGGAGGAAAUCUGGAUUCGAAAGGCUAUGGAGUAGCAACGCCCAAGGGUUCCCCAUUAAGAACUCCUGUAAACCUUGCCGUUUUGAAACUCAGUGAGGCAGGCGUCUUAGACAAGCUGAAAAACAAAUGGUGGUACGAUAAAGGUGAAUGUGGACCCAAGGACUCUGGAAGCAAGGACAAGACGAGUGCCUUGAGUCUGAGCAACGUAGCUGGAGUCUUCUACAUUCUGGUUGGAGGCUUGGGCUUGGCAAUGCUGGUGGCUUUGAUAGAAUUCUGUUACAAGUCCAGGGCAGAGGCAAAGCGAAUGAAGCUGACCUUUUCCGAAGCCAUAAGAAACAAAGCCAGAUUAUCCAUCACAGGAAGCGUCGGAGAAAACGGCCGGGUAUUGACUCCCGAUUGCCCAAAGGCCAUCCACGCUGGAACUGCAAUUAGACAGAGUUCAGGAUUGGCGGUAAUUGCAUCGGACCUACCAUAAAAACCAAAAAAAUAAUCGAGUGCCUUAAUUAAACUGUGUUCAUGACUGAUGGAAACACAGCACAGACUGUCAAGACAUGGGAGCGUCAUUGACGAACUACUGAUUCGGCUGAGAUGGGGAAGGACGUCCGGAUGCGCCAGAUAUCAUCAGCAACAAAGUGUGCAUGAGCUCAGCUCGGAAACCCAAACUCAGAUUUUAUAUCAGGAAAAUUCAUAAUUUAGAUUUGGGGGUGCGUGGGAGGGGGCUGCGAGGGGUAUAUUAACAGCAACAAAUUUCACUCGAGUGGACUUUAAACUAAUGAGACUUGCCAGUUAGCGCAUUCAACUGUGAAGGACAUACUCGGAAAGGACAACUCUUUGGCCUCGGUCUUGACCCGGAGGGGUAAAAUAGCUCUCGACGUCAAUGAACAUGCUAACCUGUGUCUCCAGAACAUCCGUAUAUUCAAUGGAAGAAUAUCCAGCUGUGGAAACGAAUCACAAAACUGUGAUAAGAAAAUAAUAAACAAACGUGUAAAUCCUGUGAAAAAGUUAAAAGAAAUUAUUUACAUUUUCUUUGAAAAAAGAGGAAUAUUGAAACAUGCUUGCUUUUUAACUGAUGUAAAUUCGGUAGAAGACAACACAGUUCUUUUUUCUAACCAUCUUAGGGAACAAUUCAUUGCAAUAAUUGAUAUAAAUGCCAUCACUGUAAUAAAGAUCAGAGACUUUUUUUA